AUGCAAAAUGAUAUGACGGCCAAAAGUGCCAAGAGUAGAACUGGUCGCUUCUCAGGAAAGACAAAUUCAGCUGGGUUCCGGGAAAGUUUAUCAGGAUUCCACUGUGGUCUGUCUGAAAUGCGAACUGCAUCUAAAUACGGAACGUUUUUUAAUCCCAUGAUCACUUUCAACGCUAGUACUACCAUCGAGAACGCAUGUCAACUUCGAUCUAUCCACUAUCUCCUAGACGACCUGAUGAUUGAAUUAAUCAGCAGCUGGUUAGAACAGGAAUCACCCUUGAAAGUAAAUUCACAAGUUACACAAACUGGCCGGCUCAUACGUGGUUCUGAUAUUGCUGGUCAACUUGUCACGUGUCUGAACCUACCAAGCUGA